ACGACGACGACGACGACGACGGUGAGUUGUUUAAAGGAUGAGAUCCGUGACCUGAAGCAGCAGGUCCAGACUCGGGACAACACCAUCUCUAACCAGACUCUGGAGAACCAGGGACUACAGGAACAAGUGGAGCUCCAACACAGGAAGUACCAGGAAGUGUCUCAGCGGUACCAGGCCCUCCAGUCAACAUCGUCCACCUGCUCCGACCACGAACUCAAGAUUAAGGAGUUGGAGAGGAAGUUGGCUCUGCAGGAACAGGAUGUUGUCAUAGUGAAGAACAUGAGGUCAGAGGUUGCUAGGGUGCCGGAUAUGGACAAGGAGCUCCGACAGCUACGAGAGGAGAACAUUUACCUCAGGGAGACGAGGGAGAACGUGAUCCUGCUGAAGGAGGAAACGGAGGGAUUGAGACGUAAGGUAGAACGAAUGGAGAAGAUGAAAGAGGAGAUGGUGAACGUGGAGUUGGAGAAGGAGAAACUGUCUCAGAAACUGCAGGCCUGGGAGAACCUGGGGCAGUCUACUGGACUCAACAUACGGACACCAGAGGAUCUGUCCAGAGAGGUCAUUCAGAUCCAACAGCGAGAGAUCGCUGUCAAACAACACAACUACACUCUCACCAGCAGCUGUAGGUCGGUGGAGCGGUCUAAGACUGACCUCCAGGGGGAGCUGUUGUCGCUACGUUCUAAAGCUCUAGAAGAGCAGAAGAAGAGAGAGACCCAGGAAUCCCUGGUCAGACGACUACAGAAGAGAGUGCUGCUGCUCACCAAGGAGCGAGAUGGGAUGCGUGCCAUCCUGGAGUCCUAUGAUAGUGAGCUGUCUCCUAGUGACUACACUCCUCAACUCAACCGCAGACUCAGAGAGGCAGAAGAUAUACUGACCAAGACACAGAACCACAAUACAGAGAUGGAGGUUCUGUUGACUAAAGCUCAAGAGGAGGCUGGGGCCCUCAAACUACAAGUACAGACUAUGGAGUUGGAGCUGGAGGUUAUGAAGAAGCAGCAAGACUCCGUCGCCGAGGGCAACCCCUUAGCAACGAACGAGGAAGUCAACACACUCCGGCUGAAGAUUGAGGAGUUGGAGGGAGAGCGACAACGUCUGGAAGAACAGAACACUGUUCUAGAGCUGAGGCUGGAGAGACACAACUUACAGGUACACAGUCGUGUGUGAGGACUCGACAUACAG